AUGGAGACCAUGGGCACUAGGCCUGGGGAACGGUCCUCUGGGCUGGAGGUUGUGGCAUCCACCAAUGACCGGCUUUUCGUGGUUAAAGGUGGAAUUUUCCUUGGUACUGUUGCUGCAGCGGGAACGCUAGCUGGAUUUGUUACAACAUUAUCACUGGCUAAAAAGAAAAGCCCUGAAUGGUUCAAUAAGGGAAGUGUGGCCACCGCUGCUCUCCCGGAGAGUGGGUCUUCCCUUGCCUUGCGAGCCCUGGGAUGGUGCUCCCUGUAUGCGUGGUGUGGGGUUGGUGUGAUCAGCUUUGCCGUCUGGAAAGCUUUAGGCGUUCACAGUUGGCAGGAAGAAUGA